AUGCGAUCGGAGAAGUCCCUUGCGUUGGCGGCGCCGGCCGAGGGGCGGGGGCCGGAGGGGGAGCAGCAGGGCGCCGGAGAGUUCCCGGAGGCCGGCGGCGGCGGCGGCUGCGGCGAGCGGCUGGUCGUCAACGUCUCCGGGCUGCGCUUCGAGACGCAGCUGCGCACCCUGGCGCUGUUCCCCGACACGCUGCUGGGCGACCCCGGCCGCCGCGUCCGCUUCUUCGACCCGCUGAGGAACGAGUACUUCUUCGACCGCAACCGGCCCAGCUUCGACGCCAUCCUCUACUACUACCAGUCGGGGGGCCGGCUGCGGAGGCCGGUCAACGUGCCGCUGGACAUCUUCCUGGAGGAGAUCCGCUUCUACCAGCUCGGGGACGAGGCCCUGGCUGCCUUCCGCGAGGACGAGGGCUGCCUGCCCGAGGGCGGCGUGGACGAGAAGCCGCUGCCCUCCCAGCCCUUCCAGCGCCAGGUGUGGCUGCUCUUCGAGUACCCGGAGAGCUCGGGGCCCGCCCGGGGCAUCGCCAUCGUCUCGGUCCUGGUCAUCCUCAUCUCCAUCGUCAUCUUCUGCCUGGAGACGCUGCCGCAGUUCCGUGCAGAUGGUCGGGGUGGGAGCAGUGGGGGUGGUGUCUCCGCAGUGUCCCGGGGCACGCCAGUGUCCCGGGGCAGUCAGGAGGAAGAGGAGGAUGAAGACGACCCCUAUGCGUCUCACCCUGGCAUCACCCCCGGGGGAAUGGCGGCAGGGGGCUCAUCCCCGCUAAGUACUCUCGGGGGCUCCUUCUUCACCGACCCCUUUUUCCUGGUGGAGACACUGUGCGUCGUCUGGUUCACCUUCGAGCUGCUGGUGCGCUUCUCCGCCUGCCCCAGCAAGCCAGCCUUCUUCCGCAACAUCAUGAACUUCAUCGACGUGGUGGCCAUCAUCCCCUACUUCAUCACGCUGGGCACCGAGCUGGUGCAGCAGUCCGCCAGUGGAGGCGGCGGCCAGAACGGGCAGCAGGCCAUGUCCCUGGCCAUCCUCAGAGUGAUCCGCCUGGUCCGGGUGUUCCGCAUCUUCAAGCUGUCCCGCCACUCCAAGGGGCUGCAGAUCCUGGGCAAGACGCUGCAGGCCCCCAUGCGGGAGCUGGGCCUGCUCAUCUUCUUCCUCUUCAUCGGGGUCAUCCUCUUCUCCAGCGCCGUCUACUUCGCGGAGGCCGACGACGAUGAUUCGCUCUUCCCCAGCAUCCCGGAUGCCUUCUGGUGGGCCGUGGUCACCAUGACCACGGUGGGCUACGGGGACAUGUACCCCAUGACGGUGGGGGGCAAGAUCGUGGGCUCGCUGUGUGCCAUCGCCGGCGUCCUCACCAUCGCCCUGCCCGUGCCCGUCAUCGUCUCCAACUUCAACUACUUCUACCACCGGGAGACGGAGCAGGAGGAGCAGGGCCAGUAUACCCAUGUCACCUGCGGGCAGCCUGCCCCGGACCUGAAGGCAGCUGACGGCGGACUUGGCAAGGCUGAAUUCUCGGAGGCCACCCGGGAGCGGAGACCCAGCUACCUUCCCACUCCACAUCGGGCCUAUGCGGAGAAAAGGAUGCUCACUGAGGUCUGAUGGACGCAGGCCGGGCCUGCACGGAAGGAAGACGCUGAGCAAACAGUCCCUUGGGGCUCCUGCCCAUCCUCCACUACUCGCACCCCAGCUCCAGGUGGCUUCCUGACUCCCUCCCCUACACCCAGCGGCUGGCGCCAGGACCACACCCCUGGACCCUCAGUCUUGUUACUGG